ACCUCUACCAUGACAGAAGACGCGUGGAGUACUUUUAUAAAACAAUUGAAAAUGAAUUUUGGGGAUUUCACAUUUGUAGUCCGGAAAAACAAAGCAAUAUUAAACGCAGAUUUAUGUUCGUCAACAUAAUUUUAAUAGUAACUUUCACUUCAGGAUUGACUGUUUUGAUAACUAUGAUAAUAUUUCCACUAGUGGAACCGCCUGAAGGAAAAAGACCUUUACCAAGCAUCAACUGGACACCAUUUGAUACAAAUCCUAGUCCCAUAUAUGAAAUUAUGUACGUGAUCGUAUUUUGCGUUUUGGUUAUGACAAUUAUUGGUAAUGCAUUUUAUGAUUACACUCUGGUUUACGCUGUUCAGCAUCUUCGCGUUCAGUUUACGUUGUUGAAGGAACUGUUGAAAAAUAUCACCGAUGGUAUACUGCCAGAAUGUUCGGAUUUCAAGAAGUUCAACGAUGAAUAUUUCCAGCGUAUAGUAGCAGAAAGAUUGAAAAUUUGUAUCCAGCAUCAUGUGAAGUUGCUAAAAUUUGGUAAAAAUCUAGAGAUAUUUACCUCGAAGAUUAUGGUUAUCCAGUUCACAAUGAGCUAUGUUACUUUGGUGGUUACUGGAUACGUUCUCAAUGUGAGUCACAUUAAUAUCAGCCAAGUUGUUGCAUUGUCUGUUCUUACUGGAGUGUAUCUCGUCGAAUUACUUAUAUAUUGUGCUCAAGGUACAGAUCUGAACCAACAGAGUCUGUCUGUGUUUGAAGCCAUUAUCGAAUCUGAGUGGCACUUAUUGAAAGCUCCUAAUAAGCGUGCCCUGACUCUAUUUUUAUUGAAUUCAGAAAGAGGCAUCACUUUAAAAGCCGGUGGAACAACUUCGGUGGAUAAUGAACUUCUUGUAACUUUUUUGAAGAGUGUUUUCUCAGCCAUUACCUUACUGAAUUCUAUUCUGGAAGAAAAAAAGUAAUAAUUCUAUUCAACGAAUGUCUUAUUGAUAGUGCUUUAUUGGAUGCACACAAAUGAAAUAGAUAAUAGAUAUUUAUAUUAGAGUGUAAUGUAACUUUGGCAAAAUUUUAUUUGAGGUCAGUAGUGAACUGAAACCGUAAUUUGUUUGAGAUUUAUAUUUAAAAUGUACCUAAUUAGUUUAACGACAAGACCUUGUAGAAAGAUAGAAAAUAAUAAGGGUUGACUUGAAUAAAUCGAAGAAGAUUA